CAACAAAAUCAAAGGAAGUCGGUCGCUGCGAUUCUGCUAUCCUCGGUCCAAAGCGCAAAUCGAGCAUCAGCCCGAUCUCACGCCUCGCAGUGCCUGUUCGCUCUUCAAGGCAGCAUGGCCGACGAUUUGUCGGAGCAUUAUGGAGUGGCAGGCUCGUUGGGCGAUGAGCUCAAUGAUCUGAAUCAGGCCGGAAUGGGCAACUCUUUAGGCGAUGAGCUCAAUUUUGAUUCGCAUGUCGACUUGGAUUUGCAUCAAGGCCUGGCGGAUGGGGCAGGACAAGGAGCGAGCUUGGGAGACGAGCUGGGCGGCGACUACGAUGCAUCGCGCGAGCUGGACGUUGGAGAGUCGUUGGGUGCGGAACUGGGCGAAGAAGCAGCAGGUGCAUCAGCAGGGCAAGGGGCGAGUCAGAUCACAAGCAACAUGACCGAUUCAUUAGGCUCCAAGACUACAGCGACGGACGAGUUGCAUUUUGUCGACGAGGAACAGAUCAACUCUACGUGCCAGACACUCGAAGAAUGCAUCGCUUUCAACGACCGUUUCUUGCAAUCUCUCGGUAAUGCUUCUCUUGCUGGUUCUUCAAGAGGCAUACCUAGAUCUCCAUCCACCGCCAACCACGCAUCGUCAGCAGCAGCAGGAGGCAACAACAAAGAGGAUGCCUCGAAUAUCGAAUCAUCUGCCGAGGCGGUUGUUAGGCAGCUAAGAGAAAGUGCAGUGGAGAGGGAAGGCCAGGCCAGGGAGCUAAGGGAGUUGGCUAGGGAGCUCAUCAAGGGCGAUUUUGUUCUUACCGGUGCUCUUGCCUCGGAUCUGGAUUGGGAGAAGAUAGAGAAUCUCUCCAAAACAAAAGAUAGACUGGGCUUCCUCGCUUCCACCUCCAGCGCAGUUGAUGCUGCCGGUGCCAGCUCCUCAUCGAUCCCACCUCUCAACCGACGCAACAGGCUCAAGGGAAUUUCAGAGGAUGAGGAAGAAGAAUUAGAUGAAGAUCUUUCCGAACCCGAAUCAUCCGAUUCCGCUGCUCACCUUCAAGCUUCUCAUCCCGUCUCUGGCUCAUCCGAAGGGCCCAGCAUCGCGGAUCAAAUGCAACAUCUCCGAAGCGUCACUUCGAGCUUGAUCCAUUCCCUCUCGAACAUGCACGAACACACUCAAGUCUCUCGAGCAGCUACGAGCGAAGCUUCUAGGCGUAUUAGAGCGCUAAAGACCUUUUUGGCGGGUUGGAAAGUGGAGCUAGAAGAGAUUCAAGCUUCUCACGAUUGGUUGAAAGCUCUGCAUGCCGAUCAAGAUCCUACUCGAAGCAUCUCCGUCUCUCAUUUGCUAGCCACUGUCGAGAGCAGCAGCAGCAGCACCAACAUCAGCUCUACGAUCAACAACGCGACAGCAUCCGGCGGCACGGCGGAACAAGAUGUGAAGAGUUGGAGCAAGGCUCAAUUGGAGAGAGCAGAGAGAAUCUUGAACGAGGCGGAUCAUAGAGCGAAGGAACUCUUGAGACCUGUACCUUGCGAAGCUCUGGAUAGGCUUGUAGCUAGCCUGCCUCCGGGCGCUCUGGACGAGGAAGAGAUGCAGAGGAGGACGAAAAGUGCUCUGGCGGGUGCUUGAUGGGAUGCAGAUACAAGCGCUUUCCUGCCGUGCACAUAUGCUGCUAGGCUUUGGCAUCUUGCCACGCUUUUAAGACCCCCCCCC